CUUUUAUUUCUUCACCUAGCUUCUUUUAUAUUCACAUGUUGCUUUCACUUUCUUGCUCUCAAUUCAAUCCUUAUCAAUCAUAACAAUCACCGAUAUGGCUUUGCAUGUUCAAAUGAUUUUACCAAUCUCAUUGGUUCUUGCAAUAAUUUUAUCAGGGCAAAGAACAUGUGAGUCAGCUAGAGUAUUCACCAUAGUAAACUAUUGCAAGGAGACUCUUUGGCCAGCUGUGUUUCCCGGGGAACACUUCAACGGCGGAGGAUUCGUCCUUAAACAAGGACAAUCCUCCGUGUUCACCGCUCCAGUAAGUUGGAGUGGCCGAAUUUGGGCUCGAACUGGGUGCAACUUCGACCAAAAUGGAGACGGACAAUGCCAAACCGGUGCAUGCGGCACCACUUUAAAAUGUGGAGGGGCAGGAAAAACUCCAGCAUCGCUCGCUGAAUUCACACUCGCUCAACCCGAUUUCUACGAUGUUAGCCUCGUCGAUGGCUUCAAUGUGCCGAUUUCUGUUAAGCCGAUAAACGGAAAAGGAAAUUGCUCAACUGCUGGUUGUGAUUCUGACCUAAGAUUAACUUGUCCCAAAGAACUUUCCGUUAGGUCUAACGGAAAGACCGUUGGGUGCCGAAGCGCUUGUGAUGUGUUUAAUACUGAUGAGUAUUGUUGUAGAGGAAAUUUUGGGAACCCUUCUACUUGUAGACCAACAUUUUAUUCAAAGAAGUUUAAGGAGGCUUGUCCAACUUCUUAUAGUUAUGCUUAUGAUGAUCCAACAAGUAUUUUCACAUGCACCGGAACGGAUUACGUUGUUGCUUUCUGUGCUGACAGGAAGAAACAGAUGUGCACUUACCAUGAUCACAAGCUUCAUUGUAGUGGAUCACAAGGCUUAAGGUCAUUGAUUGGAAGCUGGUGGAUAGCAAUGAUAAUGGUGUUUUUAGCUCUUAGCUUGUGAAUUGGAUUCUAGUUCAAGUUGAAAUUGAGUUGAUUUUAUGAGUUUGUAUAAAUGGAACCGUUUUCUUUUCUAUGUGAUUUUUCUUUCCUUUUUUGAUUGAGCAUAUAUUGUUCUACAUAAAAAAGGCACGUACGUGCUAAUGUCUAUGCGCACGGAAGCUGCUAUCAUAGUAUUUUAAUUGAAUGUUUGAUAAAAAAAUUAAUGUUAAUUAUUUAAAUUAAUGGAUUA